AUGGAGCUUUUCAAGGUCGGCGGUUCGUGUCCGGAGACAAAUUACUUGUUCAUGGGCGAUUUCGUGGACAGGGGGUUCUACAGCGUCGAAACGUUCCUCCUCCUUCUCGCGUUGAAGGUGCGGUAUCCCGAACGGAUCACGUUAAUCCGAGGAAACCAUGAGUCGCGUCAAAUCACCCAAGUUUACGGAUUUUACGACGAAUGUCAGCGAAAAUACGGCAGUAGCAAUGUGUGGCGAUGGUGCUGCGAAGUGUUCGACUACCUCGCCCUGGGCGCCAUCGUCGACGGCCGGGUGUUUUGUGUGCACGGUGGCCUCAGCCCAAUUCUGCAGGGCAUCGACCAGAUUCGGGCCAUCGACCGCAAGCAAGAGGUGCCGCAUGAUGGCCCAAUGUGCGACUUGCUCUGGUCGGAUCCUGACGGUGAGUCUUUACCCGUCGCCUGGGACGACGAAUGUGCGCCGCGGAAUUUUUCGCUGAUAUGCCGUCCCGGCGGUGAAGAUAUCACUGGCUGGGGCCUAUCUCCCCGCGGUGCAGGCUUCCUCUUCGGCGCGGACAUCACCAAGGCGUUCGCCCACCAUAACGCCAUCGACUUGAUCGCUCGGGCGCACCAGCUUGCCAUGGAGGGAUACAAGCUGAUGUUCGACAAGACCAUUGUGACAGUGUGGAGUCUAUCACCGUCUUCCGUAAUUGCUGGCCUUUCCGGCCACGGGCUAUUACGUUCAGCGUUUCUCUCGUGUUCUGCGGCGGUCCGGUCUCACACCACCCUCCCUAUUCCCAGGUGCGGGAACGUGGCUUCCAUCUUGGAGCUCGACGACAACCUCGGCCAGGAAUACAAGGUUUUCGGACACGCGCCAUCGACUGUUCGACGCGCUCUGAGCAAACGGCUAACCCUUUUGGCUCCUCAGGAUGUACGCACAAUACCUGCAAAGCGGCCUCCUGCGGAUUAUUUCCUCUAG